CAGGAAGACAGACGCAAGACAACCAGGAAGCGUUCUGUCAGUGCAGAGGUUGUUCCGAGUGAUGUCUGUUAUCAAACUGCUGUGCGCCACAUUAGGGAAAGCUACAGCCUUUUUAGCAGUUUUGGUCGUCGCAGUCGCAGUUGUUCUCAAGGGUUUAGACGACCCAGAGCCAGUUCACAUCGCCAGAAUGGCUUCAGAUGUGAAAAGGCUGGAGGAAAAUUUCAGACAACAGAACAAGAGCUGUUUCAUCCUCGGAGCAUCUGGGGAAACUGGCAAGAUGCUGCUUCAAGAGUUACUGAUGCGCAACAUCUUCUCCAAGAUCACACUCAUUGGGAGAAGGCAGCUUAACUUUGAGGGCAAAGAAUUUGAAAACCUGGUUCAACAGGUGGUGGACUUUGAAAAACUUGAUGAUUAUGCUGCUGCCUUCCAGGGACAUGAUGUUGGCUACUGCUGCCUUGGAACAACUAGGGCAAAAGCAGGGGCUCAAGGAUUCAUCAGAGUUGAUCAUGACUAUGUGUUGAAAUCUGCCGAGCUCGCCAAAGCUGGAGGCUGCACACAAUUCCAUCUUGAGUCGUCAAGAGGAGCUGAUAAAAGCAGCAAUUUCCUUUACCUCAAAGUGAAGGGUCAAGUGGAAGCAGAUAUUAAGGCGUUGGAUUUUGACAGAUAUGCCAUUUACAGACCUGGGGUUUUGCUGGUUGACAGACAAGAGAGUCGUCCUGGCGAGUGGCUAGCAAGACAGUUCUUUAGCGCAGUCUCUGCUGUUUGCUCCACAUCCAUGUCCAUCCCCAUCCAAACAGUGGCAAAGGCUAUGGUAUCAAAUACUGUGCUCCAGCCUGAGCACAAGUUUGAAAUCUUGGAGAACAAAGCCAUUGCAACACUGGGAAAGAGUGACUAAGGUCAUUGCAGUUGGUAAGCAGGCAACUUGACAGCUCAGGAUCACCGCAUCAUGUCAAAGGAAGGUGCUUAUUAUUUUUAUUAAAUUCUUAUUUCUGUAACUGAAAAUAUAUUUAUCUCCUCCUGUAAAAUAUUACCUGCUGGGAUUUGGGACACAUCAUAUUUUGUAAGGACCACACUGCCUUAAACAUUUCUUGCUUGCUUGCAUGUUUUGAAUGUUUUGGGGUGCUGGCUUUUAUGAACUGUAGAUAGGCUUAAGUGAAUGAUUUUUGUUGUUGUUCUAGUAAAAAUAUCAGAGAUACCAGAACACAACAUUUGAAAUGAGUUUAAUUUUAUUGUAUUUAAUUGAACAUUGCUUUGGUUUGUGAAUAAAUGCAUAUCGCUUGGAUGGGAAUAAUCUGUGUCGCUCGUCUGUUAUGUUGUAGCGCCCUCUUGUGACCUAAUGGUUACCUAUUUUCAGUAGUUUUUUUUUUUUUUUUCUUUUAAAAACGAGACGUUAUUAAGAGACAAAAGCAACAUUUCUUUUCCAUUCAGAUAGAAUUUCACAGUAGGAGGUUAUGAUAAAGGGCGGCAAUCAAUCCAAAUGUAGAACAGCUGAGUUACCCCAAGGGAGUUUAUGAAGUAGCAGGGCUGCUUCUUGCCAUUCACACACAGCUGCUCUUCACUGCUGAACUCAACAAUGAGUCUCGUACAUUUUAUGAGGCUCUCUGUGUUUUGUUUUUUGCUCCUGGGUGGUCAUGUAAAGUGUAGGAGGGAACAAAGAGGUGACAACAACACAGGAUUGACUCACUUGGGCCUGCAUUAUGACCAUGAAGAUUGGGUUCAACCUUCUGGUUUUAAUAGCACAGCAGCUGGUGAUGUGAUUCCAACUUUGGGGAUCCCUCAAAAUGGCACCACUGAUUCUGGAUCAACGACUAAUAAUAAUCUUUACCUUUUCAGUCCUGUGCCACAAUCCACAAAUGUUCAAGUCAAAUACUAUCCAUCUGGCUUCCAUAGUGUCUCAGCAGUGACUGUGCAGAAACAUCAAGAACACAAACAAGUUACUUUUCCCAAUGAAAAUUUCACUGAAACAUCUGAUUCAGGAAUGUCCUCAGCUCAUUUGGCGGUCAGUGUUAAAGAUCGACACUUAUUACAAAAAGAGGAUGCUUAUUCAGUUUUGUACUCUCAAAACAAAUCUCAUCCAAGAAUUGUGUCUAAUCAACUUUUAAUCGAACCAAAUACGUCCACUCCAAAUGUCAGCAAGUCUGUAAUUAAGACACAUUCGCCAAGUAGAGAAUCUGCUCGGUGGCAUUCUAGCGAUUGGAAAGGGAAAAAAGGAUAUGCCCAAGUCCGCCACAUCAGAGUACGACAAAAAGCUGGCAAAGAAGGCAAUCCCCUGUAUAAAAAGCAGAAUUUAGGAUCACGCAAAAUAAAGCCACAAGUUAACUAUUUCUUCAAAGGAAACCAAGCCCACUUUCAAAAGCAAGCUACAGUCCAAGGCAGGUUCAAACCUUUCCAAAGACUUUUGCUUCCAGUUAUCCAUCCAUCAGAGAGUCCACGGGCCCUUGAUGUAACGUGGACAGAAAAGCCCCCUGUGAAUUCUACUACUGAAGGAACUAGGAAGUGGUCAUUUUUUCAGUGGUUACAUAAUUUCAUUCCUUACAACAGCAGAAAUGCAACCUCAUUGAAGCUUAAACCAUAAAUAUAAUGGUGUUCUUGAUCAGAUGAUGAAAAUGAUGUGUAUAUCCUAAUAAUGUAAAUGUAAGUUGUUUGCAAUUCUCUGGGACAAUAUUGGUGUAUACCUAUAUGGUUAUUGGCACGAAUGUAUUUAGUAAUAAACAGAAGUAAAUGAACAUCA